GUUUUCUGUGUAUAUAAUCAGGUUUCAGACUAUCGGUACAUUGACAUGUUUUCAAGGUAUAGAUAUGCUGAAUAUAAAGCUAAUGAGAGAUAUACAAUUGGGACUAAUAUGCCAGACAUGAAUGUUUAUUUUAGUUUUAGAUUACAUAUUCAACAAGCAGCUCUAGCUAAUAAUGAAGACCCUGCUAUAUUCUGUGAGAGAGUAUCGUUACAGUAUAAAGAUGUUUUUAAAAUGGCUGGAAUAUCAUACACAGACUUUAUUAGAACAACAGAAGAAAGGCAUGUCAAAGUAGUACAACAUUUUUGGCAACAUUUAGACAAUCGAGGAUUUAUUUAUAAAGAUAGAUAUCAAGGCUGGUACUGUUCAUCGGAGGAAUCAUUUCUCCCAACUUCUCAAUUAAAAGAAGAUUUAGGAAAAAUGGUUUCAACUGAGUCAGGACAACCAGUUGAAUGGACACAAGAAGAAAAUUACAUGUUUAGACUUUCAAAGUUAGAGCAAGAUAUUCUUCACUGGCUGAAUUCUGGAGAUAAAGUAUUGUAUCCCAGUAAUUUUUGUCAACUGGUCAAACACUGGAUAUCUGAAGGUUUGCCAGACUUGUCUAUUUCCAGAGAUAGAUUUCGACUUAAGUGGGGUAUACCUGUACCCAAUGACAACACACAGACGAUUUACGUUUGGUUGGACGCUCUUCUCAACUACCUUACUGUAGCAGGAUACCCAAUCCCUGGUUAUUGUUGGCCUCCAGACUGUCAUGUCAUUGGCAAAGAUAUAUUGAGGUUUCAUGCCCUAUAUUGGCCAGCCUUCUUGAUAGCAGCUGGUUUAGAGCCACCUCGUCAUAUCUUCUGCCACUCACACUGGACUGUGGAGAAUGAAAAGAUGUCAAAAAGUAAAGGAAAUGUAGUUAGUCCCAUAGAUAGCAUGAAGCAUUACACAAAUGAUGGGCUGAGGUAUUUUCUAUUACGAGAAGCUGUGCCGUAUAACGAUGCUAAUUACAAUGAAGUUAAGCUUAAAAGGAUUUUGAAUUCAGAACUUGCAGACACUUUAGGCAACCUUCUCAGUCGAUGUAGUGCCCCAUCUGUUAAUAAAGAACAGGUGUUUCCAGUUUUUGAUUAUCAGGUUUGGGACCAAUGUGUAGCUACUGAGGGGAAAGAAAUAGUGGAAUCUGUCUGUAGUCUCCCAGAAACUGUUAAAGAUCAUUUCUUGGAAGGAAAUUUUCAUCACGGAGUUGAUGUAAUCAUGAACUGUGCACGCCAAGCUAAUCUAUUCAUCCAAAACCAAAAACCAUGGGAACUGGCAAAAUCUGAUGCUGAAAAGUCACGUCUGAAUACUGUUCUCUAUGUUGCUAUGGAAACCCUCAGAGUGUGUGGUAUGUUAUUGCAGCCUGUAGUGCCCUGUUUGUCAGAUCAAAUUCUUAGAAAACUUGGAGUGACCAUUCAGGAAAGAAACUGGCAUGAUUUGACCUGUUUUUCAUCCAUUUUUGGUAAUAAGGAUAAUUUUGAAGGAAGACCUCUCCAAAAAGAGAAAACUAUUUUAUUUACAAGAAUAAAAUGACCAAAUAGAUACAUUAAACUAUAUUGUCAUUUAAAUAUAAGCUGUAGAUAAUUUUAUAAGAAGCUACUUGUAUGAACAUUUUGAUAUACUUCAAUGAACAGCUUAUAAAUCACACACUGUAAUUUAUGUCUGAAAAACCAAUAUAAGAUAUUUUAAAGAGUAAGUUCUAUGUGAUGACGUUUCUUUCUUCAGAGGGAUUCAAGAUUUAGCAAAUGUAUCUUUACUACAAUAUUCAUCAUGAUAUUGGUAAUGAAAAUUAAUGUAAUUGUUACAUCUUAUGACUUAACAGAAAAAUAACUGUAAAAGCUUUACAUAAACAUGUCUAAGGGUAAAGAAAAACAAAAACUGGUCAA